UGGGUGUUCGUCUUGACGAUCAUCGGCACCGAACUCGCCCUAAUUCUUACUCGACCCUGCCUGCCAUUUGCUUCAAGGCCGGUUCCUUGUCCCUAUUCUGGACUCACGACCACCCUGCCGCUUGCAUCCCCCCCCGUUCAUCUGCCCCUGCUCUGCCGACCUGCCACGCCUGCCUCAACCUCUCAAGCCGAUGGCCUGCGUUUCCGAUUGCUAGCCGCCGCCGCUGCUUGCUGCUUGUGCUGCUCACCCUCUGUCUGA